CACGAUAACAGCCAGAUUAACUAUAUGUACGCCCAGUAUGUUAAAAACACCAUGCAGCCUCUGAACAUUGCCGAUGUCACCAAGGACCAGCGCUUUCCUUGGACGAGUGAAAACCCAGCUCACUCCAGCAAUCAGAUAAAGAGUUUGCUCUGCACUCCCAUCAGGAAUGGCAAGAAGGACAAAGUCAUUGGUGUUUGUCAGUUGGUGAACAAAAUAGAUGAAGUGUCAGGCAGCGUCAAGGCAUUCAACAGAAAUGAUGACCAGUUCCUGGAGGCGUUUGCCAUUUUCUGUGGUCUCGGCAUCCAAAACACACAGAUGUAUGAAACCGUAGAGAGAGCUAUGGCCAAGCAAGAGGUCACGCUGGAGGUCUUGUCGUAUCAUGCCUCUGCUGCAGAUGAAGAAUCACGGGAACUCCAGUUAGCAACCAUUCCAUCAGCCCAGUCGCUCCAUCUUCUGGACUUCAGCUUCAGUGACUUUGACUUGUCAGAUAGUGAAACCACACUGGCUACUGUGCGGAUGUUUGUUGACCUCCACCUGGUCCAAAACUUUCAGAUGAAGUACACGAGUUUAUGUCAGUGGAUUAUGAGUGUUAAGAAGAACUACAGGAAGAAUGUGGCCUAUCAUAACUGGAGACAUGCCUUCAACACAGCCCAGUGCAUGUUUGUUGUCCUCAAGUCAGGGCACUUACAGAGCUAUAUGAGUGAUUUGGAGGUGCUGGCUCUAAUGAUUGCAACACUCUGCCACGACCUGGACCACAGAGGAGUCAAUAACUCCUACAUACAGAGGAGUGACCACCCACUGGCCCAGCUCUACUGCCACUCCACCAUGGAGCAUCACCACUUCGAUCAGUGCCUCAUGAUCCUCAACAGCCAUGGAAACCAGAUCCUGAGCGGCCUUUCUCUGGACGAGUACAAGGCCACUCUGAAGAUGAUUGAAAGGGCUAUUCUGGCCACCGACCUCGCCCUGUACAUGAAGAGGCGAGGGGAGUUCUUUGAGCUGACCAAGAACAACCAGUUUGUUUGGGAGGAUGAACACCACAGAGACCUGCUGAGGUCAAUGCUGAUGACUGCAUGUGACAUCUCUGCCAUCACUAAGCCCUGGCCAGUACAAAAAAGGAUAGCAGAGCUGGUGGCCACUGAGUUUUUCGAGCAGGGGGAUAAGGAGAGGCAAGAGCUGAACAUUGAACCAAUUGACCUGAUGAAUCGUGAGAAAAGGGAUAAGAUACCAAGCAUGCAGGUGUCCUUCAUUGAUGCCAUUUGCAUUCAGUUGUAUGAGACCUUGGCUGGCUUAUCGGAGUAUUGCUCCCCGUUGUUGGAAGGAUGUCAGAAAAACCGGCAGCAGUGGAAGUGUUUAGCCGAGGAGUGUGAGAAGGGGCUUGUCAACGGCUUGGUGUGAUCCAAACAGCAGUUUGGUUUUCAUCCAACUCAGAUUUCCAGAGUUCUACAUUUUCAACCUAUUCUCAUUAAAAUUAUCUAAUAGCGUAUUGUGUGGACUGACAGUGAGGUAGAAAAGUAAUUUUCCUAUCAUGAAAUAAAACACUAGCUAUGGUCUGAUAAUAGAAGAGGUCACUUGCCUUGAGCAGUCUUAAUACUUUAAGACUUAAUCUAUUACGGUUGAGGUGCCGCAGUCAGGUUUCACAGCUUGUCUUUCUUUUCCUUGUUGUAAUCUGGAGUUUACUCACCCGGCAAAGCGUUUGCUCAGAUAUAGGAAAAUUACAAACGAUCAUGCAUAGCCAUGCCAAUGAGUACAAGUUAAAAAAUAAAGUAAGAUAGAAAAACAACUGUAAAAACAUCUACAAGUCAGUGAGUUGACUUGUUGGUAAUCUGCAUAGACUUGUCAGCACUUUUCCUGUCUCCCGGAGUAUCAGUAAUUCUUGUGAGUACUUUUCACAACAGAUAAAAAUAGAUAAACUAUGAAAUAACAUCAAAGUUGUACCUUUCCACCCCCACUAUCAAACAUUCGUUAAAAAGUUGUAUGCUAGUUUUACAGCUAAGCCCUACCAUGAACAGAAAGGAAUGAAAUGUGUCCAUAACAAGAAAUCAUGGUCAUUUUAUCCUGUCACCACCAUUUUUUCCUCACUCACCAGAGAUAAUAACAAAGUCAGCACUAAGCUAUAUUUAUUACCAUAGACAUUGUUAUUUUUGCAUAGAGUGGCUUUCAUAUUGAUGGUCUCACCUACACUAUCUGUGACAGGUAGUGAACUUUAGGGAACACUGAAUGGUUAAGCUGCAUACACUGGAAGCUCUACAUAUUUACUUCCAGUUCAUAUGUAUUCUUUAUUCCUAUUGGUAGUUGCUUCGGUUAAAAAA